AUGUCGUCCCAAGACCAGCAGACGCAGACGCGCCCAGUAGGCAUGACGCCUCCAACCGCGACGGCCUCAACCUCCACCUCCACCUUCUCUGAUGCCAGCGCCCAGGUUAGCCGUCCCACUGUCGCCAGCGACGACAACCUCGCUUGCCAAUGGGACAAAUGUACUGAGCGCUGCCAAUCGCCCGAGGCCCUCUAUGACCACAUUUGUGAGCGCCAUGUCGGUCGCAAGAGCACUAAUAACUUGAACUUGACCUGCGGCUGGAACAAUUGCUGCACAACCACCGUCAAGCGCGACCACAUCACGUCUCACAUCCGUGUCCAUGUUCCGCUCAAGCCGCACAAGUGUGACUUCUGUGGCAAGAGCUUCAAGCGUCCCCAGGACUUGAAGAAGCAUGUCAAGACACAUGCUGAUGAUUCCGUCCUUCUCCGUUCACCUGACCAGCAUGGUGGGCAGGUUGGUGGCUACCGUGCCCCAAACGGUAAACCAGCCGGAGCCACAGGUUAUUAUGACCACUCCAACCCGCAAAUGCACCAACCUACCGGAAACUACGGGCAGCCGCACCACAACGGCGGCCACAACGGAUACUACCAGCCACAGCAAGCCCAGAGCUACGGGCCAGUCUACUACCCAGUGAGCCAGCACGCAGCUGAGCUGGGCCACCACGCAAACUAUGACCCAAGAAAGCGCGGGUUUGACGCUCUGAAUGACUUCUUCGGUGAUGCCAAGCGUCGCAACAUCGACCCAACCUCGUACCCCCAAGUCGGCCAACGCCUGAUGCACCUUCACGGCCUCCCCAUCCAAGGCGGAGCCCUGAUUGACUACAUGCCCUCGCAGCCUCUGAUGGCCGUAGGAGGAGGCGGACACGGGCCCGGCGUCGCCUCGAUGCCUCAGCCACACUACUCUCUCCCAAUGCCCAAUCUGAAGACGAAGAGCGACCUCCUCAACAUCGACAACUUCCUCGACCAGAUGCAAUCCACCGUCUACGAGAGCUCCAGCGCUGCCGCUGCCGCCGGCAUCCACCAGCCCGGAGGCCACUACACCCACCAAGCCAUGGGCUUCCGGCAAUCACAGUCACCCCCCCAGACCGCCGCGCAGAACCUAGGCGUCUCCGUCCCGCAAUCUUCCGCACCCCCAUCCUCCCACAUGGCCGCCACGCACUCACCACAAUCGAGCGCGCCCGCCCUCACCCCCCCAUCAACAAUGUCCUACUCCUCCGCUCACUCCCCAUCGUCCGUCCCCGGCCUCUCCCCCGGCAACUCCUCCCGCCACGCAUCCACCCCAGUCGCAUACCCCACCCUCCCUGCCGUCUCCUCCGCCUACGCCCCUCACACCACCCCCCCCGUCUCCACUCUAGGGACAAACUUCGACUCCGACCCCCGCCGUCGCUACAGCGGCGGUAUGCUUCAAAAGUCCGCUGCGCCGCGCGUCUCGCGGCCGGCACGCGACGAGUCCACCACCCCCGACGCGAAGCGCCCCUACGGUGCGCGCGCGGAGUCGAAUAUCGACCCUGCGCUGUCGGGUGGGGUGAGCAGUCCUAGCGCGAGCGGGACGGAGGAGGGUGAUGCGCGGGAUCGCGCGGAGGAGGUGUGGGUGGAGAAUAUUAGGGUUAUUGAGGCGUUGAGGAAGUUAAUUGCUGAUAGGCUUGAGAGGGGGGAGUAUGAGGAUGAUAAGGAGGGGGAGGAUACGGAGAUGGGGGAGACGCAGGAGGGGGAGGGGGAGAAGGAGGUUAAGGUUGAGGAGAGCUUGUAUCCCGUGCUGAGGGCAGCUAUUGAUGCUGCUGAGACUUGAGAGGGUGUACUUGUGUUUGCUUUUUUUGUUUGAAUGAGGCUUUGGGAGCUGGCGUUGGGGAGGGUAAUGGGUUUUUUGCGAAAGAGAUGUUUAAAAUCAUUGUUGCAGCUGCUGUAGUCUAUCGAUAGCUAGGAAUAUUGCUAUAAUGAAUCAUUAUUGUUAUUCACACAUCGUCUUGUUAAGAACUUUAAUGUGAAAUCUUCAGUGUAAACGUAGUUCAG